CCGCUUAUCUUCAGCUGAAUUUUCACAUUAGCUUAAUACUUAGCUGUGUAAAUGUUAAUUUGAAGCUAAAUAUUUAGUUUCUAAACUCCAAUGCAGAAAAUUUGACUUGUUUAUGUUCAUGAUGGUAGGAGAGCCAAUCAAGAAGCUCAUGCAUUGGCACAUUUUUACAUGUAAGGUACAAUAAUAGUUCUAAGGUAACCAUGGCUUGAUGUCAGGUCCUGACUGAUCAGACCUGCAGGCCGGCUGCGGCCCACGCCCCUCCUGUUUGGCCUCCCCUCAUUAUCUGAGGAAUGUGGAGCUGGUGUUUGAGCGGCUCCAGCAGAUUCCUGAUGUUGGACCAGGAGGCAGCGGGAAUGUUGACGAACGGAGCGAACGCGCCGUCUUGAACCAGGAAUGUUCUGGAUCAGAACCGACUGAUCGAAGCUGCUUCUCCUUGUUUUGUGUUUUUACUUGAUUUCCUCUGAACGUCUCCUGUUAUCCCAGCUGGGCUUGUCUGCCCUUAUCGUUCAGCUGCUUAACUGCUGCAGUUUGUUUGCUGUCCUGGCUAAUGAGGGAACUUUCUCUGGGCUUUACGCAGAGCGCCAUGUUGAACUUCAGCUCCACGACGAACCAGGUUUCACUUGGGAGGAAACAGUUACUCCAAGUCUGGGGUGCCCAAAGUGUGGCCCGGGGGCCAUCGGCGGCCCUUUGAACAAGUUUGUGUGGCUCCAGAAUGCUACAAACUCGUCCUCAAUUUGAUCAUUGUUUAGCAGAAUUUUAAUAACAAAUUUAAUUCUUCUUAAAUUCUUAGACACAAAGUAUUUUACUUUUAAUAACCAUGAUUUAAUGUUGCAGUAAGUAGAGCUGUAAACAUUCAGUCACUUCCUAACAAAGCAAACCAAAAAUAAAAUACUGGAUGACAUUAAUUAUUCUGUGGUUCUUGUUUCAUUGCUGGGAAUAGACUAAAAGAUUUUCUAGACCAAAUUAACUCAAAAGUAAUUACAUAAAAAGUUAGGAAAUGGUUCUUAUCAAGACAAAAAAAAGCCGUUUUUUUUAUCUUUCCGUCAUGUUAUAAUUUUAUUCUCUAAUUCAGGUUUGGGUUGAUUUUAAAUCCAGUGACUGCAGAAAAACUGGCUGAGUCAUAAAUGAGAUGAUUUUAUUGUUUUUACUUUGUUCGUUUUGCCUGCUGGAGCUCCAGCCCAGUUCCUCAGGUGAACUGGGCUGGACUGGAGCUCUGAUGUGGGGAGCCACACCUUCCUGUUUGUGGAAGAACAGAGGAGGUUCUGAUCCGGUUCUGACCCGGUUCUGACCCAGUUCUGAUCCAGUCAGAGCAGAAACAAUCGAGUCUGUUUAUGAUUCUCCUGCACGACUGCCAGCCAAAGAUUAGAGACAUUCCAGCUGGUACCUGCUCAGACAGGUACACACACCUGGGGGGAGGCGGGGGGCUCCACCCUGCAUUCAGGAUGAACCUCAGGCAAACAGUCCGACUGUCUGAGUCUGAGUGGAAAGACGUUACGGUGGUUUGUGCACAUGUUGACUCACACACACACCCACACACACACACACACACACACACACACACACACACACCCAGUGAGGCGCUGAAACAGACCGCUCUCUGUACCUUUUGCUCCCCGGAGCCGCUCACCUCCUCUCCUCGCCGCUGCUCUGCCACGUCGGCGGGAAACUCCUCCCUGCGUCCCGCUUCUGCUCCGGGACCAGACCGGACCGGACCGGGUCAGGAGUCUAAACCAGCCCCAGGGUUCAGGUGUUUACUUGAGGAGACAUGAGUGGAUUCCUCUACAGGGGCCGGCACGGCGCUGCAGAGAAACCGGCCCGGCCCAGGAGCCUCGGACCCAUGAUGGAUUUCUCGUGUGAUGAAACAGGAAAAGGUCCUCUGGUCCAGAUGCACAGCCUCAGAGAGUUCGAACAGCACCUCAACGACCUGAAGAAGGAGAACUUCAGCCUGAAGCUGCGGAUCUACUUCCUGGAGGAGAAGAUCCAGCAGAAGUUUGAUCAGAGCGGCGACGGCGUCCACCGAGCGAACAUCGAGCUGAAGGUGGAGGUUGAGAGUCUGAAGAAGGAUCUGCAGGAGAAGCAGGAGCUUCUGGACCGGGCGCUAUCCACAGCCGAGGUCCUGUCCAAUCAGAAUGAAGCAGAGCUGCAGCGCCGCCUGGUGGAGCGGCAGGACGAGGUCAGACACAUGCAGCAGAUCCUGGAGGACAAAGUUCAGCUGCUGCAAAAGGAGGCCGAGGCGGCCCGGAGCGAGGCCCGGCGCAUGGCGGCGCUGGCGGACGCCGAGGCCCGGCGCUGCCUGGCUCUGCAGAGGGAGAUGCUGGAGAAGAUGGAGGAACACGGAGACUCGGCUCGAGUCCAGACGAGUCCGACUGACACAGACAGGCUGGUUGAGGAUUUGGUGCAGCAGAAACAGUCGCUAAGUCUCCAGGUCGAAGAGCUCCAGGUCAAAGUUCAUGACCUUUCAUCCUCGCUGGAAAACAGAAAACGAGACGCCGAGCAGCUGAUCGGUGAGCAGCAGGACCAGCUCUGUCGGUACCAAAGCGCCGCAGGUCGGUGCGUGGGAGAACUGCAGCAGGCCCAGAACCAGGUCCGAUCGCUGCAGGUCAACAUCAGAGAGAGCGAGGCUCGGAACCAGAAGCUGCAGGAGCGUCUGGCUGCCAUGGAGCUGCAGCUGCGCUCGGCGCAGGACGAGGCGCAGCAGCAGGAGAGACUUGUCCAGAACCUGACGGACGGCGUUGUCUCCAAGGAGACGGAGGUUUCUGAUCUGAGCAGAACCUUGGAGGAGCAGAACCAGGCGCUUCGUUCCCUCAGGGAGGUCGCUGACCGCAGCCAGCUGUCCGGUACCGAGGCGGCUCCGGGUCAGGGCGAGGUUCUGGCCUUGCAGGCGGCGCUGUUCCAGGCUCAGCUGGAGCUGCAGGCGGCCCAGCGCGCUCAGCGCCGGGCGGACCGCGCUCAGGAGGACCAGAACCGGGCCCUGGAGAGGCUGGAGCGAGACCUGCAGGGGGCGCUGCAGCACCGCAGGGAGACGGAGCGACACAACCGGGAACUGCAGCUGAUUCUGCAGACGGUCCGGUCCGACCUUCAGGUGAGGGAGGAGCAGCUGAGCGAGGGCGAGCAAGAGAGACGGAGGGAGAGAGAGGAGAGAGAGCGCAGCGUCGCGGAGCUGAGGGCCGACCUGCAGCUGAAGGAGCAGCUGCUUCAGGAAUAUGGUGAGAUGUUGAAGGAACCGAAGGAGAACAGAGACUCUCGGCUGCAGAAACUUCGGCAGCGAAUAGCGGAGAGAGACCGAGCGCUGGAGCGAGCCGUUGACGAGAAGUUUCGCUCAGCGGAGCAGCGAGACGCAGCGAGUCGGCAGCUGCAGCUGCUGCUGCGGGAGAAGGAGCGAGACCUGGAGAGGCAGCGCCGCGUUCUGGCCAACAACGAGGAAACCAUCGCUAGCCUGGAGGCGCUGCUGAGGGGGAAGGAGCUGCAGCUGCAGCAGCUGGCCAACGCCUGGACCGGCGCCGGGCGGCAGCAGCGGGACGCCGACGAGCGGACCAGUCAAAUCCUGAGGGAGAGAGACAGCAUCAUUGAGCAGCUGCAGGCAGCGCUGCUCGCUCGCACGCAGGAGACCCAGGACCUGUGCUACUCUCUGCUGCCUCGGGUCCAGUCGGCGCCAGGUCAGGUUCUGGAGGAGCUGAAGCUCCGCCUCCAGCUGAAAGACCGCCUCUUCCAGGAAGUGAUGUCAGACCGGACCCGGCAGGCCCGGGAGCACCAGGAGCAGGUCCAGGAUCUGCUCAGAACCGUCAGCGCCAGGGACCAGUAUAUCCAGGACUCAGCAGCCCGACUCACCGAGGUUCUGGAAGAACAGACCCGCAGAGUCCAGGAGCUGCGGCAGCAGCUGGGCUCCAGGUCUCAGCCGAACACGGCUGCAGCGCUGCAGCAGGAGAUGCAGCAGGAGCAGAACCAGGAGGAGACGAGGAGUCGGGCCGAGCAGCUGGAGCAUCUGAGCCGCAGUCUGAGCCUGAAGGAGGAAGUCAUCAGGGACCUUCAGAGGAAGAUGGCGGACCCGUCUGACCUUCCUGUGGUGGAGCGGCUGACCCUGGAGGUCCAGGAGCUGAGGGAGGUUCUGGUCCGGCAGGAAGCCGCCCGGCAGCCUGAGUUUGGAGAGCUGAGCGGUGAGGACAAAGACGAGGCAGAUGAAGAUGUGAAGAGUGAGUUCACUGAUGAAGAUGAUGAUGAGGAGUGUGCUGCCCGGGGUCGGCAGCUGGACGCUGAAGGGCUGAUGGAGGUCAAGCAGCUGGUGGAGCAGAAGCAGGUGGUGGAGAGAGAGCUGGUGGAGCUGAAGGCUCAGCUGGAGAAGGCCGGCUUCUCCUCGCUGUCCCAGAUGAGGAGAACUUUGUUCAGCCUGCGAUCAGAGAACGAAGACUUGAAGCUCCAGCUGGCUGGCGGCAGGCAGGCUGCGGAGGAAGAGGAGGAGCUGGAUGUGACUGUGGAGGAGGAAGAGGAGGAGCUGGAUGUGACUGUGGAGGAGGAAGAGGAGAGCUCUGGGAUGUGGGAAGCUUGGGAUGGAGAUCCGUCUCUGUCCGACGUCAGGACUCAGAGCCAUGACGACCAGAAGACAGAGGAGGGUGACAGAGCGGAGACGCUCACCGGCUCCUCACAGGAUGACGAGCCGUCCAAUCAGCAGCGGCGGCUGGACGCCUCGCCCUCAGCGGCGUGUGGGAAGACGGUCCGUCUGCAGCUGAAGAGCCGGGAGCUGCAGGAGAGGCUGAUGGUGUCGGAGGCCACAGUGCAGGCUAAGGCCGAGCAGCUGCAGGACUACAGAGAGCUGCUGGCAGAAACAGCCGUGCAGCAGGACAGCAAGCUGGUCCAGGUGGACCUGCAGGACCUGGGCUAUGAGACCUGCGGCCGCAGCGAGAACGAGGCUGACAGGGAGGAGGCCAGCAGCCCAGAGUUCGACGACCUGGAGAUGUGCACGUCUCUGGACCUGGGCUCUCAGUGGUGGCCCGGCGGCGCUCAGCCCUGUGGUUACCCCGGCGACGGGCCGUCGCUGCGGCGCCUGGUGGAGGACCUGCGCUCGCAGCUGUGCCGCUCUCAGGCGGUGAUCCGCGGGCUGCAGGGCCGCCUGCGCCGCCUCUCCGCCCCCGGCGAGGUCGGCCGCUCCCCGCAGGCGGAGGACGACGAGGGCUGGCGGUCGUCUGACGGAGCCUCGCAGCGUCACCAUGACAACGGCCUUCAGGAGCUGGCGUCCAGAGUGGACGCUCUGGAGGACCAGCUGAGGAAAGGAGGCAGGAGGGAGGAAGGAAACUCUGCAAACUGGCCGGGGAAGUUGGACUCUCUGCUGAAAGCCCAGGCCAGAGAGCUGUCGCUGCUGCGCCAGCGGCUGCGUGAGGGCCGGGCCGCCUGCGGCGUCCUGCGCCGCCACCUGGCCGACGCCACCCGGGCCUUCGAGGAGCUGCUGCGCGCCAACGACGUCGACUACUACACGGGCCAGAGCUUCAGGGAGCAGCUGGCCCAGAGCGCCGCCCUGGCCCAGCGGGUCGGCGCCAGGAUCGCCGGACGAGAUCCGUCUGAGGACCCAGAGGAGACGACGGAGCUGCUCGCCGUCCGGCUGAGUAAGGAGCUGCAGCAGAAGGAUAAAGUUAUCGAGUCUCUCCAAGCCAAACUUGACCAGCAUCAUCAUCAUCAUCAUCAUGGCUCCGACUCACCCAGCAGCAGCCACGCCCUCUCUGACAUCACCGACCAAUCAGAUCGCAUCUCCUAUGUGUCAGACGAGCACGGCUCCACCAACGGCGACCCGGAGUUGUGCUGCGACGCAGACGCUGCCGGCGGACUCAGACCCGAGGGAAACGGGAAUGCUACUGGAACCGCGUCUCCGCUCGGCGCGUCCCACCGGCCGUCCGUCGGCUCCUCCCAACGCUCCCAGUCCUGCCUCAGCUGUCCCAGCAUGCAUUGCUCCGGCUCUCCGCUCAGACCCGCAGACCUGCACAGCCAAUCAGCCCCCUGUCGCCCUUCCCUCCCCUCCCCCAUCAAACAUGGCGGCCGCUCCCACAGGAGCGCGGCGCCGGCUUUCUCUCUGGCUGCGGUUCAGCAGGAGCUCCAGACGCUACAGAAGCAGCUGAGAGCCGACGGCAGGUUUUCCACUCCCAGAUCUCUCCAUGGUCUCCCCCGGUUCGUCCCUCAGCAUCAUGCUGACGCCGCCGGCUGCCCGCCGCUCUCCUACCAAGGCUUCCCUCCUCCUCCUCCGUUCAGCCUCCUGAACGUCGCCAUGGCAACGCAAGCCGGGCCCGGCCCGCUGGAGAGAGGCGCAUCCUGGGAAACGGCGUGCGGCGGGGGAGCCGACCUGUCGUCUGGGUCGUCGGGUUACCAGUCAGGAACCGGACACACAGGUUCGGAUCUGAUGAAGGAGCACCUGGCAGAGAUCCGGAGUCUGAGGCGGAGACUGGAGGAGUCCAUCCAGACCAACGACCGGCUCCGGCUGCAGCUGGAGGACCGGCUGGCCCGCAGCGCCGGGGACAAAGGAGCUCCGACCAACAUCUACAUCCAGGGCCUGGACUCGGCCGGCCAGCUGUCCGCCGAGCUGCGCCUCCUGCAGGAGGAGAACGCCGCUCUGCAGGCGCAGCUGCAGCGCGCCGGCCGAGAGGGCAGCAGAGAGGCGGAGCUUCGCAGGGAGGCGGAGCAUCUGGGGGAGGCGGUCCUCCGGGAGCGCUCCAGGCUGAAGGAGGCGGAGUUAGAGACACAGAGGUGGGCGGAGCUAAGCCAGAGGCUGCAGGCGGAGGAUGCAGUUCGCUGCCAGGAGGUGGCGCAGCUGAGAGAGGACAGACAGAGAAACCAGGAAACCAUCAACAGGCUGCAGCAUGAGGCGAGCGUCCUGCGCCUGCAGCUGGACCACAGCCGCAGUUUGAUCCAGACGCUGCAGGAGGCGCCGCAGGACGCAAAGCGCCGAAUCUGGGAAAACUCCAGAGACUCACACUCAGAUGAGGUGGCUAAUGGCGCUCUGCCAGUGACCUUUGACCCCAGAGAGCUUCACAUCCAGCUGAAGCAGCAGCUGAGCAGCCAGCCUGCAGCCAGAAGGCGACUCUUCAGCGGUGAAGACGUUUCUCCGCCCGUCAGAGACAGCGGCCCGAUCCGAGACAGCGGCCCGAUCCAAGACAGCGGACUCAUCGCUGCUCCACCUCGGCUUUCUCCCGGCCAGACGGCUGAUCCAGCUGCCCGCGCCCAGCAGGGCGGCGCUCCCGAGGGAGGCCACCACGCCGUCGGCCAUCUUGGAGACCUCCAGGCCCUGCAGCAGCAGCUCCUGGAUGGAGCCGCCCUGGCUGCUCAGAUGGAGGCCGCCCUCUGUUCCCUGAACACCUCACAGAGGCUUCAGCAGCCUUUGGACCGAGGAUGCGUCAGUAAUCUGCUGUCAGACUCUAAAACACUGAAGCGGAUCCUGCAGGAGGCGGAGUCUCUGCUGCAGGCGACCUGGACGGCGGAUCUGACCGACUCUGAGGAAGCCAGAAAGGACGAGUCGCUGAGGGCCGAGGUCGUCCGUCUCCGGACGAAGCUCUCAGAGCAGGACCAGGCUCUAAGGGACGCCAUGGAGAGACUGAAGAGCUCCAGCCUCACCAAGGACAGCAUGGAGCAUUUCAUCGUCAGCCAGCUAUCGAGAACGCGGGACGUCCUGAGCAGAGCCAAGACCAACCUGCAGGAGAACAAACUCAGGAUCUGCUCCCUUCCAGCCUCUGUCUCUGUCCUGUCCCCCCGCUCCGGGCCAGUAAAGGUGAAAACCCAGGGGGCGCCACUGAGCUCAGCUCCCCUGCUGGUUGGAGCGUCCUGACACCACGGGGCCUGGCUGCUCACCAGCGCCCCCUGCAGCCUGGCGGCCCGGCUCCUUGCUCCGGCUGAACCCGCCCGCUGAGACCGACAGAACCUCCAGUGUCCUUCCUCCAGACGUGCGACUUGAAGCUGCAGUUUGAGAAAGUUUGAAGCCAGAAUCUGGACCCUCAGAGAUCCCAGACACAGUUUCUGAACCUGGAAUAAAAACCAGAACCUGCAGGACCAGAGUCCUGAUCCGCAGGUUUCCAGGAGGAAAGUCUGGUGAAAACAAAGCAAAGUGCUUCCUUGCUGCCUGUGUUUGUGUGUUUGUGUUGACGGCAGGUUGUGGAGACGAAGCCAAAGGCCCUGAUGUUCCUGAAGGUCUUGGCCUGUUUGUAGUUAAAUCACUGGUAAAAUCCUCAAUAAGACAGAAAACUAACUAACCCAACAGAAAAGUCCCUUAGUGGCUCUUUUGUUUCUGCUUCUAAAGAUUUCACCUCCUCAAGCUACAAAGUAUUAUUAUUAUUUUAGAUACUUCUACAUAUAAAUCUGACAGUUUUCUCCACUGAAACUGGAAUCCAGAGAUGCUGCUGUGAAUCUGCAGCUUCUCUUUCUUCCUUCACUGUGGAUGAAGACCAGAAAUCAGCCAGAACCGGGUCGGACCUCAUGCAGCCUUUUCAAGCUCUUUCAAGGUCUUGGUAUGGUCUUUCCAGGACCUUUGUAAGGUGUUUCCAGGACCUUGAUAUGACCUUUUCAGGAUUUUAGAGUAUCAGGUUUCCUGUUACCCAGGUUCCAGGCCCGGAGCCUGGACCCAUCACGGCUUCCUGCUUCGUGGCGGCGCUGAUCCAGAAGUGAUGCCUUCAGUGACGGCGCAGUCCAAUCAUUUCGAUGAUGGUGCGGUCCAGCAGGGUUCUCCUGGUUUGUGGUCCAGCCGUGUUUGUCGUUGUCCCUCCAGUGUGAAGGACGCCGUGGUGAUGACAGAUUUAUUUUUGGUUUUCUUCGGUAGUUUCAGACUGUUCCUGGUUAUUCUGGGUUUAUUUUUACUUUGGUGCAUGAACUCCUCGUUAAUUUCUCAGAAAUAUGCAACUUUUGGGUCACUGUGCAAUAAUAGCCUUGUGUGGUUGCCAUGACGUCUGUUCUAGUUUAAAAAGCAACUUAUUUAGAAGAUCAAAGCUGUUGACAAUCAGUUUUAGAUGCUGAUGUUUGUUGCUGUCAGGAUCUGGUUUUAAAUGCUCAGUAGGAGACGUAGCAGCAUUGAGCUUCGCUGUCAUAUUCAUGGAGCAAUAAGGCGAACCAAAGUAGACGGCCUGUUUGUCAGCAGGUCGGGUCCAAAGUGACCCGGUUCAAAGAGCUAACGACUAAUUGGAUAAACUGGGAUGUUCAGAAACCAAAGCUAACGGAGGAACAGCAGCGCUUUUUGCUGCUGACCUGCUGGAUUUUUAUGCAUGUUCUCUUUGUUCAACUGUUUUGAGAUAAAAACAAAAUAAUCUUUUCAGUAAAACUAAUAAAUCUGGUAGAAAUAAA